AUGGUACCCUUCCUGCGUUCUCAUCCUGAAAUGACCCUCCAGCAUGACAAUGCCACCAGCCAUAUUGCUCAUUCUGUGAUUUCCUGCAAGACAGGAAUAUGCCCAGAUCUCAAACCCAUUGAGCAUGUCUGGGACCUGUUGAAUUUGACAUUUUACUUCAAACCUGGUGAAUGUACAUGGCUGAAUCUUUCAUUUAUUUUCCUACUUUCCCUCACGGGCUGCAGUCUGUCUGAGGUAGGUGGUGUUUUGUCUGAGAGACAGACCCUGAGCAGUGAACUAACUCAACUCGUCCAGGAAGAGCACAGACUCGAUGAAUUGAUACAGAGUUGUACUCAGGAAGUCAAGCGUAUGACUGAGUCAUCGCAUAAUCAAAAGUUUGCAUAUGUGACAUAUCAAGACUUGCGCCAGGACCGUGGCCUGAGGGAUCAGACUGUAAUCGUGGUCAAAGCACCGUCAGAAACAAAACUGGAAGUGCCAGAUCCCCAAGAGAGUCUACAGGUGCACCUGACCAGCACAAAGGGUCCUAUAGAUGUCUUCCUGUGUCCAGAUGAGAGCACGACUGACAGUCCUGUAAAAAACAGCAGCUUUGGUGUCAAGGAAAGCUCCUCACCUUUCAUGAAAGUAUUAAAUGAUGCCAGUUCCAGUCUUUCUGGCCCAGCCGUAACUGUUACCAGCCUGUCCCCCAUCACCUCCCCAUUCACCAGUCUCCUUCAGCAAACAGAAGAUCAGAUCCCCUGCAGUGAAGGACCCUUCAUCAACCUCUUGUGCAAUUGAGGCCAUUCCUACCCCAUUCUUCAACCAUCAGGUCUCA